CUGUUGUAUUUUUAAUUUCUCUAUGAAACAAGCUGAAAGACAAUGAGGACAGGCUGAUAGCAUUUGAAGGAGCUGCUGGCCAGCCCAGCCGCGACAGCUGACGGGCUCCUCUCGGUUUCCAGAGCUAUUUCUGGUGGAUUAGCCGGUACCAGGCCUCUCGAGUUCAGGCCAUAAAAGGCCCGUCCUGUGUGGAGCCUGCUCCACUGCUCUGAUGCGUCCUUACGGGCUACCGUGUCCUCAGGUUUCACGGGAUUUGCCUAGUAAUGGGUGGCCCUACCAAAGCCAGGUCGGGGACGUUUGGCCUCGAGGACGCCGGGGAACGGAAAAAGAGAAGACUCUUUUUAUUAAUGUUUUGGCGUUCUUUUUGGAGAGAAACUUUUGGGAUGUAGCCUUCACCUAUUUCCUGAACUUGACAUCCAAACGCCUUUUGGAAAGCACCAUUCUAAAUUUAUCCUGUUCUGAAUCAUCGCUUCUGAUGGAUGCAAGUUGCCUUGUUUUGCAUUGUGAUAUUUGGUUUUGUACAAGUCACUUGGGCUAACUUUUGAUACUUCACAUUUUGUUUAACAUUUGGAAGUAGUAGUCAUUGAAAAGAGACUCCGAGAAAAUACUACAGGACAUCCAAAGCUGGAUUAGAGGAUAUAACGUGUUUUGUUUUAUUUUUUAAUUAGACAAAUAAGGAAUUGCAGUGUGAUUUCCCCUCCCCCUUUAACUUAGAGGAACAAGAAUUAUACAGAAAUUUGAAAUCUCAACAAGAAAAACUUCAGCUUCAUUGGAUUUCCACAUCAAAGAAAAGUUCCAAGCUUUCAGAAAGAGUUCUCACUUGAAGAUAAAGAACAAUUUGCUAAACACAGAAGAGGACUUGAUACUAAGCUUUUAACUGCACUUCCUAAAGUUGCAGACUUAAGAAAAAUCUUCGAACCAAAGAGGAAAGAAUUUUUAGAAAUGAAAAGAAAAGAAAGAAUUGCCAGGCGCCUUGAAGGAAUUGAAAAUGACACCCAGCCCGUCCUCUUGCAGAGCUGCACGGGGUUGGUGACUCAUCGGCUGCUGGAGGAAGACAUGCCUCGGUACACGCGAGCCACCGACCCCACCAGCCCCCACAUUGGCCGCUCAAAUGAAGAGGAAGAAACUUCCGAUUCGGCCUUCGAAAAGGCAACCCGACCCAAGCUCCGCGCGGAAAGCUCGGGCGCGGGAGUGGGCGCCGACCCGCCCUGCGGGCCUGGGGCCGUGGACACCCGCGGCGCGGGCGCCAAAGCCGAACGCAUCGCCAGGUACAAGGCGGAGAGGCGGCGGCAGCUGGCGGAAAAAUACGGGCUGACCCUGGACCCCGAAGCGGACCUGGAGCACCUGUCUCGCUACACCAGGUCCAGGAGGGACCCGGGCGCGGCCGAGAAGGGCGCGGGGAGAAGUGACAGACCGGCAGAGCCCGGCAAAGAUUCGAGCGCUCUGUACCCGGAGACAGGGACCGCGGGGCUCCGCACCUGUGCAGGUGAGUCCGAGGACUGCGCCCUGCACGGGAGCGAUGGCGUUUCCGAGCAGGAGGUGCUGCUGAACAUGGAAAACCAAAGACGCGGCCAGGAGCCCAGCGCCACCCGGCAGGCCCAUGACCUGGCCCCGGCAGCGGAGAGUUCCUCGGCUUUCUUGUUCUCGGGGCGAGACUCCUUCACCGAAGUGCCAAGGUCCCCAGAGCAGGUGCACAGCUCCUCGCUGCAGCAGCCCGUGCCCAGGAGCCCCUCUGCUGGUGACCCCGCUGAGGCCCGGCCCAGUAUUAUGGGGAAACCCAAACACGAGUGGUUUCUCCAGAAAGAUUCCGAAGGGGACACACCUUCUCUUAUCAACUGGCCUUCCAGAGUUAAAGUUAGAGAAAAAUUGGUGAAAGAGGAGAGUGCUCAUGGCAGCCCUGAACUUGCCUCAGAGUCCUUAACUCAGAGGAGACAUCCGCCAGCGCCGGUGCCCUGCCUGUCCUUCCAGUCGGAGCACUCGGCCUUCGAUCGGGUCCCCAGCAAGGCGGCCAGCUCUGCACGACAGCCGAGCCGCCCUGGUCACACCGCCAGGCUGGUGACCACGGAGACCCCAGAAAACAUACCCGAGUGCAGCUGGUCGGGAUCAGCCCUCCAGACCGUCCCAGAACCUCCCGCCUUGAAGGUGGCAGAAGGCGAGAGCAGGGACGCGCCGGCUGUCCGUGUCCGUGAGCCCAGAGCAGAGGCGGGCGUGCUCUUUGCUGGAGCCCCUGAGAAAAGCAGGAGAGCCCUUUCGGCCUUGGAGGAUGAUGGGUUUUUAAGAAGCCACGAAGAGCCUUCUGGAAAGGAGGACUUCGGUCAGCCAACUGUUAGCACGGUCACCCUAGAACGUCAAAAAGAAGGAGAAAGCGUGUCGCACCUGGCUCAGGCUCAGCCGCAGCCCGCGCAGAGGAUGGGCAGGAGCGAGAUGGUGCUGUGUGUUCAGAAUGAGCCCGUGUCCCAGGAUGCCACACUGACCACCGGCCACAGAAAGAAGCACAAGGUCCUCACCCGCUCACUGUCUGACUACACGAGGCCCCCUCAGCUCCAGGCUUCGGAGUGCAAGGUCCCGGCCCCCACGCCAGAGCUGGCGCCGCGGAGCUCCAAGGCCGAGGGGCUGUCUGGGGAGGUCGGCGUGCCGGACACAAAGGUCUCUGUCGCCCAGCUCCGAAGUAUGUUUCUGGAGUCUGCCAACGCCUGCAAGAGACCCGAGCUCCAAUCGUGGGCGGAGAGGUCACCUGGCGGAGCUGGCGGUGUGGAACGGGAGAGAGGGUCCCGGAAACCACGGCGCUAUUUCUCUCCUGGUGAAAGUAGAAAAACUUCUGAGAGAUUUAGAACUCAACCUAUAACCUCAGCAGAACGAAAGGAAUCGGAUAGGUGUGCUUCACAUUCAGAAACGCCAGCUAUGGACGACGAAGAGAAGGUGGAUGAGCGAGCCAAGCUGAGUGUCGCUGCCAAGAGGCUGCUUUUCAGGGAAAUGGAAAAGUCGUUUGACGAACAAAGUGCUCCAAAGCGACGCUCGAGGAGUGCGGCCGUGGACCAGAGGCUGCGCCGGCUGCAGGACAGGUCCCUCACCCAGCCCGUCACCACCGAGGAGGUGGCCAUCGCGGCCACUGAGCCUCUCCCUGCCUCGUGCUCUGGGGGCGCCCACCCUGUCACGGCGAGACGUCCCAGCCCCACUGUAGCUAGGAGCACUGUGCCGCCUGCCAGAUUACAGGCAUCUGCUCACCAAAAGGCUUUAGCCAGAGACCAGACAAAUGAGGUCAGAGAUUCCGCCGAACCAGGAGAACCUGAUUCCUCUACUCUGAGCUUAGCAGAGAAGUUGGCCUUGUUUAACAAAUUGUCCCAGCCGGUCUCAAAAGCUAUUUCUACCCGAAACAGAAUAGACGUAAGACAGAGGAGAAUGAACGCCCGCUACCAGACGCAGCCGGUCACACUUGGAGAGGUGGAGCAGGUGCAAAGUGGGAAGCUCAUUCCUUUCUCACCUACCGUUAACACAUCCGUGUCCACCGUGGCAUCUGUGGUCGCUCCAAUGUAUGCAGGGGAUCUUCGGACAAAGACACCUCUGGAUGACAAUACGAGUGCCACUGACUACAAGUUUCCUUCUUCACUAGAACAUUCAGACUCUCCAGUUAGAAGCAUUCUGAAAUCACAAGUUUGGCAGCCUUUGGUAGAGGAUAGUGGAAACAAAGGGAUGUUGAGAGAAUUUGGAGAGACAGAAAGCAAGAGAGCCUUGGCAGGUGGGGACAGUGGUGUGAAGAAGUGUGAGUCCUUGGAGGAGGCAGAGCCAACUCGCCCCGUCUGUAGCAGGGGCAGGGAAGGAGAUGGCCACAAGGAGCCUAGAUGUGCUGUUCUAAGGACAGGGAGCCUGGAGCUGGCUUGUCCUCCCAGCGCCCACUUUGGUGCCGAGCUGGAGGGGUUUUCCACUGUGAAAACUCAUGCACAGGGGAACUCGGACUUGAAGGACAGGCAGCCCUUUGAAGAGAAGGUGGAUGUGGAGAAUGUCAUGAAAAGGAAGUUUUCUCUAAGAGAGUUCAGGGAUCCCAGUUCCGAGCAGAAGGGGACAGCUACUGGGAAAACAGCCGCUCAGACCGCCACCCCCGUGUCCUGGAAGCAGGAGGGUUCUCCAGAACAACUGCAGGAGAAGCACUACAGGAGUCCCUGCGAGAUGUUUGCUGCUGGAGAGAUCAAAACUCCAACGGGGGAGAGCAUCCUUGAUUCCCCCAGCAAAACCAUGUCCAUUAAAGAAAGACUGGCGCUGCUGAAGAAGAGCGGAGAGGAAGACUGGAGGAGCAGACUCAACAGGAAGCAGGAGUGGGGCAAGGCGGCCGCCACCAGCAGCCUGCUCGCCCAGGAAGCGGGGCAGUCGCUCACCAAGAAGGAAGAAGGAGGAUUUACAGAUGAUAAUGCCAUUUCUAAUCUGCUCUGGCAGGUCACAGAAAGUCGCGAGAGCCAGAUGACCAUUGAGGAGAGGAAGCAUCUGAUCGCUGUGAGAGAGGAAGCGUGGAAAACCAAAGGCCGGGGCGCCGCCAACGACUCCACCCAGUUUUCCGUGGCUGGCAGGAUGGUGAAGAAAGGGUUGGCGUCACCCACUGCCAUGACCCCGGUGGCAUCUCCCAUUUGCAGCAAGACGAGGGGGACGACACCGGUUUCCAAACCCCUGGAAGAUAUCGAAGCCAGACCAGACAUGCAGCUAGAGUCGGACCUGAAGCUGGACAGGCUGGAAACCUUCCUAAGAAGGCUCAACAACAAAGCGGGUGGGCUGCAGGAGACGGUGCUCACUGUCACCGGCAAGUCUGUCAAGGAGGUGAUGAAGCCGGACGACGAGACCUUCGCCAGAUUCUACCGCAGCGUGGGCCGCAGCGUGCCACGGAGCCCAGCGGAGCUCCACGAGGACUUCGAUGUGAUUUUUGAUCCCGAUGCACCCAGGCUGGCGUCCUCCGUGGCAGAGCACAGGCGCGCGGUGCGGCCCAAGCGCCGGGUGCAGGCUUCGAGAAACCCCCUGAAGAUGCUGGCAGCGAGAGAAGAUCUCCUGCAGGAGUACACGGAGCAGAGGCUGAACGUGGCCCUCGUGGAGUCAAAGCGCAUGAAAGUGGAGAAGAUGUCCUCCAAUUCCACCUUCUCGGAAGUCACUCUGGCAGGUUUAGCCAGCAAAGAAAACUUCAGCAGCGUCAGCCUGCGGAGCGUCGCCCUAACGGAGCAGAACUCGAACAACAGCGCGGUGCCCUACAAGAAGCUGAUGCUGCUGCAGAUUAAAGGAAGAAGACACGUGCAGACCAGGCUGGUGGAGCCCCGCGCCUCGUCACUCAACAGUGGGGACUGCUUCCUCCUGCUCUCUCCCCACCACUGCUUCCUGUGGGUCGGAGAGUUUGCAAACGUCAUAGAAAAGGCGAAGGCCUCUGAACUUGCAACUUUAAUUCAGACGAAGAGGGAACUUGGCUGUAGAGCUACUUACAUCCAGACCAUCGAAGAAGGGAUUAAUACACACACUCAUGCAGCCAAAGACUUCUGGAAGCUCCUGGGAGGCCAGACCAGUUACCAAUCUGCUGGAGACCCUAAAGAAGACGAGCUAUAUGAAACAGCUAUAAUAGAAACAAACUGCAUUUACCGUCUGACGGAUGACAAGCUUGUUCCUGACGACGACUACUGGGGGAAGAUCCCCAAGUGCUCUCUCCUGCAGCCAAAAGAGGUCCUGGUGUUUGAUUUUGGCAGUGAAGUUUACGUGUGGCAUGGGAAAGAAGUCACAUUAGCACAACGGAAAAUAGCAUUUCAGCUGGCGAAGCACUUGUGGAAUGGAACCUUCGACUAUGACAACUGUGACAUCAACCCGCUGGACCCUGGAGAGUGCAACCCGCUGAUCCCCAGAAAAGGACAGGGGCGGCCUGAUUGGGCCAUAUUUGGGAGACUUACUGAGCACAACGAGACUAUUUUAUUCAAAGAGAAGUUUCUGGAUUGGACUGAACUGAAGAGACCUAGUGAGAAGAACGCUGGAGAGCUCGCCCAGCAGAAGGAGGAGCCCAGGGCGGACGUGAAGCCCUACGACGUGGCGCGGAUGGUGCCCCUGCCCCAGGCGCCGGCGGGCACCGUGCUGGACGGCGUGAACGUGGGCCGGGGCUACGGCCUGGUGGAAGGGCCCGACAGCAGGCAGUUCGCGAUCGCCAGCGUCUGUGUGGACGCCUGGCACAUCCUGGAGUUCGACUACAGCAGGCUCCCGAAGCAGAGCGUGGGGCAGUUCCACGAGGGGGACGCCUACGUGGUCAAGUGGAAGUACACGGUGAGCUCCGCAGUGGGGAGCCGGCAGAAGCCAGAGCACGCCGCCAGGGUGACCGGCAAAGAGAAGUGCGUCUACUUCUUCUGGCAGGGCCGGCACUCGACUGUGAGUGAGAAGGGGACGUCGGCGCUGAUGACGGUGGAGCUGGACGAGGAAAGGGGCGCGCAGGUCCAGGUUCUCCAGGGCAAAGAGCCCCCUUGUUUCCUGCAGUGUUUUCAGGGGGGCAUGGUGGUGCACUCCGGGAGGCGGGAAGAGGAGGAAGAAAAUGCGCAAAGUGAGUGGAGGCUGUACUGUGUGCGAGGAGAAGUCCCCAUGGAAGGGAAUUUGCUGGAGGUGGCCUGUCACUGUAGCAGCCUGAGGUCCAGGACUUCCAUGGUGGUUCUCAACGUGAAUAAGGCCCUCAUUUACCUGUGGCACGGAUGCAAAGCCCAAGCCCACACGAAGGAGGUCGGCAGGAUGGCAGCAAAUAAAAUCAAGGAACAGUGCCCCCUGGAAGCAGGACUGCACAGCAGCAGCAAAGUGACAGUCCACGAAUGUGACGAAGGCUCCGAGCCUCUGGGGUUCUGGGACGCCUUAGGAAGGAGAGACAGGAAGGCCUACGACUGCAUGCUUCAAGAUCCGGGAAGUUUUAACUUCGCACCUCGCCUGUUUAUCCUCAGCAGCUCCUCUGGGGAUUUCUUAGCCACAGAGUUCACGUACCCUGCCCGCGCACCCUCCGCCAUCAGCUCCAUGCCCUUCCUGCAGGAAGAUCUGUACAGUGCGCCCCAGCCAGCGCUUUUCCUUGUUGACAAUCACCACGAGGUGUACCUCUGGCAAGGCUGGUGGCCCAUCGAGAACAAGAUCACCGGUUCCGCCCGCAUUCGCUGGGCCUCCGACCGGAAGAACGCCAUGGAGACGGUGCUGCAGUACUGCAGAGGGAAGAAUCUCAAGAAGCCGCCCCCCAAGUCUUACCUUAUCCACGCUGGUCUGGAGCCCCUGACGUUCACCAAUAUGUUUCCCAGCUGGGAGCACAGAGAGGACAUCGCUGAGAUCACAGAAAUGGAUACAGAAGUUUCGAAUCAGAUCACCCUCGUGGAAGACGUCCUAGCCAAGCUCUGCAAAACCACCUACCCGCUAGCGGACCUCCUAGCCAGGCCACUCCCGGAAGGGGUCGAUCCCCUCAAGCUCGAGAUAUAUCUCACCGACGACGACUUCGAGUGCGCGCUGGACAUGACGCGGGACGAGUUCGGCGCGCUGCCCGGCUGGAAGCAGGCGAACCUGAAGAAGGCCGCGGGCCUGUUCUGAGCGCCCGGGCCUCCCCGCCGCCGGCCGGGAGAUGCCUGUGUAUUUGGGGACUGGUAUUUUUUUUAGAAGUAUUUUUAAAUCAGAGUUUUCAGAGCCCAACCUUGUUAACCACACUGCUUGUCCUGGAGUCGUGCGUUUUGCAAGUGUGGCAAGAACUGUUAGGCAGCCGUCCGCGACCGGCAGGCGACGUGGAUAAACGCGCUGUCACCACACCCCACAGCGACUGCAGCACUGCCGGCACCGCCUCCUGACCCCCUCGGCGCGGCCUUGUUUUCUUUUUCUUUUUGAAGCAGUUCUCUUUAUAAAGUGUUGUUCUGAUAGUUUGUGGAUUCUAAAAUAUAUAUAUAUUUAUAUAAAUACCAUAUAAGUCAAAUAUGUAUUUAACAAAGCAAUAUGUAUUCAUUCACUUCUAAGAUUUUUUUUUUUUUUGGUGUCAAAAUAGUAUUAAGAGGUAGAUGGAGUUGCUUCUGUCGAAUUAGCUCCGCCACCAACAUGCACCUUCAUCCACGUUCGGGAAUGCUCCCGUCAGCGUUAGGUAUGACUUGUUCCGAGUACUGCUUCCGGUGCUAAAAUGAACAAAGAAUUUGUACUUAAUGGCAUGGAUGCUACAGAAUCCAUGCAAAUCAACCUUUCUACCUUAAUAUCGCCCCCAAAAAUGUAUAGUGCCUUGUUUUUAUGUACAGUUUAUAUACAGAAAAGUUUGCUCUGCAUUUUUGAUGAUGGUUUGGAACAUUAUCUACAAUUUUACUCUCAAAUAGUAAAAAAUAAAAAACAUCUCAAUUUCUAAUAACUGUUGUAAGCAUUACACAUGUCAUUUUGUGAUUAUAGGACUCCAAAAUAUUAAUAAAAAGCGUCAGAAUAAAUGCAACAAUUAAUUGAUUCACAUUGAAUUUCAAGCAUGUUCCUUACUGAAAAAAAAUUAUUUUUUGUAAAUGUUAAUCUAGUACCAAUAUUUUUCCAUCGAGUAUCAAGUAACUUUGCUGUAACUUUGAAUUUAGUUUAGGGCAAGAUUUGAUACAAGGUCAUAAGAUUAUAUUGAUGUUGGCCCCAUAAAAUUAAAAGUUCUCAGUACUAUACUGAAGACAUAUUUUUGCAAACUCAUCAUUCAGCAGAAGUUUUUUACCCCACAACUGUAUCUACAUUUCAAUUUCAGGAUCUCAGUGCCUUUUAAAAAGUUAAAUGUAUGAAAUAUCUAGGAAACUUACAAAUGAGUUAGAAAACUCCUCACAAGCUAAUAUGUUCUUAAAAAACCAAGCUCAUGUCUUUGAAUAGAUUCUCCAGACCCACCACGCGUUGCUCCUACUUCUCCGCUCCCUGGUGGCAUGCCUCCAACACUUCCAACCCCGGCACCUCACCCAGGAGAGCCUGUGACUGCUGGUCACACUGCUUUGUGAUUGUGUGAUCACAAUCACACAAUGGCAGUCACUGAGCUUUUCUGCCUCAGUUUCCUUAAAAAGGAGACAAUACUAGCAUCCUGCCUACAUCACAGGAUUCUGAGCAAGGAUGAUGUGGAAGCUCUCGCAACUUGCCAAACGCUGAUUCCUGCCGGUGGUAUUCAUACCAUCGUGUUGGUCACUGAGGUGGGAAAGCAGGAGAGUCCGAGCUCAGGAAUGUCAUCACACACCGAGAAAUCGUAGGUUAAACCAAAACAAGUAGAAGGAAAAGGAAAGAGGUUCAGAGCCCACGCCCCAUAGGCAGACGCAGAGAAGAGCGGAGAAAGGCGCCUAGGGUCGGGGUGGCGGCCUGCGGAGUGUCGGGUGAGAGAGGUGAGGCUGCAGCCGCCUGCAGCAGGGUAGAGAAGUCACGUGGACGCUUAGGGACGCAGAAGCGCGAGUUGCUACAGGGACUUCCAGUGGAGAGUCUGCUGUAAUUAACAAAUAAGACAGGUGUCAUCAUUAAUAUUCACUACCACCUGAUUGUUCCAAAGUGCUUUAAAAUUAUGUGUAUCUACUUGUAUUAAACGUUGUCCUGAAGGGUGUGCUGGCAGUCUGCUUCUUGCCUCUUUUGGUGAAUAAGACUCCGUCUUGCGAUGCCACUUUACUUUUUGCUUCUUUUCCUCUGAAUUGUUUCCUGCGUCUCUUUCCUACCCACAGGACUAGAUCCUUUCUUAGGUGGUUUUUCUGGUCCUUUCCCUUCUGUGGCUGCAACCCUUGGCCUUGGCAUACCGAGGAAAGCCCUCGCCUAAGCUCGUGGAUUGCUCCGUCUUAGGGACUCAGCCGUGAAGUUGCGCUGGCGCUUCUCGGUCUUCUCCACAGCCCCCAAGUCUAACCCGGGCUUCCACUAAACACAGCAGGCUCAGGGAAGUGGGGUCUCCUUAACUUGCUGCUUUUGAACCAACGGAGUUGUAAAGGGAGACAGAUGUUGGGUCGAGGCUGUGAUCAGGCCGCAGCGGGAGGAUGGGCUGUCAACUGCGCUCUGAAGCCUUGGACACAGGGCACAAACACGGGCCUUCCAGCGUGGACCGAGCGGCCCUAUCUGUCCCCCUGCAUUUUCCCCAGGACCGAGGGAGGGACAGCUUAGUGAGCACCCAUGUCAUUCUCUCCCAUUUUAAACUUUCUGCCCCACUCUUAGAUUCCCAUUGUGGUAAAGGGCAGAUGUGUUCCCGAAACAGUCUGAGAAUUCACUGUGGUCGUUCGGUUCUGUUGUUUUUCUGAUUACAAAUGGGCUGUUCGUGUCCACACAGAGGCUUGUGCACAGGGGCAGAGGGCAGUAUUCAUGACAGCCCUACCUGUGAGCAGCCACACGACCAUGACUUGGGAAACGGGCAACGUGCAGGACCUCCAUAAACCGUCCACGCUACCCAGCAACGAAAGCAACGGGUGUCACGCAACAACAUGGAGAGACCUCAGAAACUGUGAAGUGAAAGAAGCUGGAUACGAAAGGCCAUAUGUUGUCGGAUUCUAUUAUACCAAACUUCCAGAACCAGUCAAAUUGACUCAGAAAGUAGAUCGGUAGCGGCGGGGGAUGGGGUAGGAGAUGAAGGACCUUUUGUGGGGUGAUGGAAAUGUCUUAAAAUUGGACUGUGGUGAUGUUGCACGGCUCUAAGAAGGUAUUAAAAUGUAUCAAGUUGUUGACUUA